UGCUCCCUCGGGCCGCUGCAGCCCAGCUCCUGCACCUAAAAUGAUGCCUCUGCUUCCUAGGCAGCUCUUUCCCAGACCUACCUUGGCUCAGGUUAUGCCAGGCUGCAGGGUCGCCCUCACUACAGCACCUGCUAAUUGCUUGGCUAUGCAUAAGCGCCUUACUGUCUUUUUUAGUGUUCACCCCCCACCCCAGUACCGUAUGAGUAGGUACCAUUAUGAACGCAUUUUACAGAUGAGGAAACUGAGGCCCCGAGGAGCCCACAGUCACACAGCAAGAAGCAGCAGAAUCGAGAAUGAAACCCAGACUUCUGCAAAUUUGCUUCCUAAUAAUUGGAAGAAGACCCACUGGCUGAAUGGCAGCUGUAGAUGACUUGCAGUUUGAAGAAUUUGGUGAUGUAGCCACUUCUCUAGCGGCCAACCCAGAUGCCACCACAAUAAACAUCGAGGGUCCUGGUGAAACUCCCAGACAUCAGCCAGGACCCCCAAGAAGCUCUGGGAGAGAAGAGGAUGAUGAAUUACUGGGAAACGAUGAGUCUGACAAAACUGAGUUACUUGCUGGACAGAAGAAAAGCUCCCCUUUCUGGACCUUUGAAUACUAUCAAACAUUUUUCGAUGUAGACACACACCAGGUCUUUGACAGAAUAAAAGGGUCUCUUUUGCCAAUACCAGGAAAAAACUUCGUGAGGUUAUAUAUCCGCAGCAAUCCGGAUCUGUAUGGUCCCUUUUGGAUAUGUGCCACGCUGGUCUUUGCCAUAGCCAUCAGUGGGAAUCUCUCCAACUUCUUAAUCCAUCUGGGAAAGAACACAUACCAUUAUGUACCCGAAUUCCGAAAAGUGUCCAUGGCAGCCACAGUCAUCUACGCCUACGCCUGGCUGGUCCCGCUUGCACUCUGGGGUUUCCUCCUGUGGAGAAACAGCAAAGUCAUGAACAUCGUCUCCUAUUCGUUUUUGGAGAUCGUGUGCGUCUAUGGAUACUCGCUCUUCAUUUAUAUCCCCACGGCAAUACUGUGGAUUAUCCCCCAGAAAGCCAUUCGUUGGAUCCUAGUCAUGAUGGCCCUGGGCAUCUCAGGCUCUGUCUUGGCGAUGACGUUUUGGCCAGCUGUUCGGGAGGAUAGCCGGCGCGUCGCGUUGGCCACGAUCGUGACAAUUGUGUUGCUGCACAUGCUGCUUUCUGUGGGCUGCUUGGCAUACUUUUUUGAUGCACCAGAGAUGGAACAUCUCCCAACAUCUACAGUUGUUCCAAACCAAACGGUGGUAGCAGCCAAGUCCAGCUAAAGAGGAAAUUUCCCUGUGACUUUUCCACCUGGCCUCAGGCUCUGAAUGUGACCUCUCUUAAAUUACGCAUGGCUUCUCCAAAGCUUACACAUUCUCACGCCUGGUAUGUUCUCUGGGCCUCCAAUGACUCCACUGCCAGUGGUUAGCUCAGUGGGUAAGAGCACAGGGAAAACGUCAGUCCCUCCACGGCCUACUCCUGGCCCGCCCGUUCCACCUCCUCAGCGUUCCUAGUCUGCGGCCAUGCCAGACUUCUUGUUGUUGCCAGACUCCUCGUGCCUUUACCUUUGCUGUCCAGAUUCCUUCCCUUCCAACAGUCACCGCUUGCCUUGCUACCCUAUUACACCCGUGUUGUACAUCACAGAGGGGUUCUUGUUUGAACUGGGUCUUGAAGGUUGAGCAGAAGCAGUUACCCAUUGUUCUGAGGAGUAGUCAGCUUCCCAGGAUUCGGGGAAGGUGAAGACGUGGGCUGUUCAUUGGGGCACAGUGAUGCCAUAUCACUGAGAACAAGAGAAUCUGGAGAGAGAUAGAGGUAGAGAACACAGUGGUGACAGUUGCCUGGGUCUCUGCCUUGGCCCAGGACACCUGACCUCCACUUGGUGAGGCUCUGGUGGGGGGCUGUCUCAGCCUGCUCCUGAGCUGAGACUUCAUUUUCUUCCUUAUAGUACAGUUAUGAAGGCUCCAGACCAAGUGUCCCAGGUGCUGUAACCUUAAGAGUUAGAAGCUGGCAUCUGAAAAGACACUGGCCCUCAGGGCCCUUGUAGACCCCCCAUCCUGAUUUACAGAGAUUUGAUACCUCUGGGCUUUGCUCAGAUCUAUAAACUUGGGUGUCAGCACCUCCAUUUGGGUGUCAAGUCUCCAAAUGAGAUUGUGAUAAACAGUUUCUGUGGAGCCUCCCUGGCAGAAGCAUCAAUCUCUUCGCCAGGGAGAGGGGCUGUCAGAGCUCCCGGCUCUGCAGAUUUAUGAGCUGGCCGUGCCCUCUCCCGUGAUCUCUGGACUUGCAGCUUUCGCUGAAAAAGUAAUGGCUUCUAAUCUUGCAGAUAACCUUCCUCAUGUAAAUCUGUGCAUUGGGGGCUUAGCCUAGAGUG